CCAUGACGUAGCUCAUUUAAGGCUGGUUUCCAUCCGAUCGCUACGAUCGCUGCGAAAAAAAUUGUAGCGAUCGAUCUCUUCGGCGACCGUAGCCAUGGUGAACGGAGAUAGACCUCAGUUCUACCUCAGCAAUCAUAGUGAUCGCUGCGGCAUAAUACGGAAACCACGCUCUACAGAUAUUAGCGAUCACUGCGAUGAAAAAUAUACCAGAGAUUCUGAGUGCAGUGCGCCGUUGCUUCGUCUAAGUCCUCCAGGGCAGUUUAAUUUGCAGCGAUAUCGUGGUAGUCAUAGGAACAGGUAGCCGUAAGGAUCGCUCAACCGUUUGUUGGAGCGCAGCAAUCGUAGCCAUGGUAACGAUCAUAUGGAAAUUAGCCUCUAUGGAAUAUAUGACUCUUGAUAUAUAAUGAAUCCUUUCAUAUUCAGAUAUUUCUUUUACGCAUGCACUGACUUUUGUAAAAAUAUUCUCCACUCUAGAUGCACCGAAAGUUUAUUGGUGCUCCAAAACUCCAACUUUUUUGAUCGAAGGAAAAAAACCAGACGAUUUGGAAUGCCAUUUGUCGGGAUGGCCUCUCGAAGUUUAUUGGUACAAGGAUGACAAAAUAAUCACGAAUGGAACUGAAGGCAUUUAUCAUUCAGUGGACAAGAUGCGGGAAAAUGGAGAGGAAACUCUUCGUAGCAGACUUAGUCUUCCUGUAGGACGUGAAGACCUGGAAGGAACCUAUAAGUGCUGUGCGAAAAACAGGAUUUCUGGCCGGAGGGACUCUAAAACCUUGCAGUAUGAAUAUGUGUGUCCACAGCCAAAAAGCCUUACCAUUGUCUCUGCUCCGGAGGUUCUUGCAAGGACUUUUUCUACUGUCAAUCUGACAUGCUUGUCUGAUGUACACGACAAAUGUCCAAAACAGUUGACUUGGCGCAAUGAAACUGCCCUCUUGAAAAAUGAUACAAAGUACCAAAUAGAACAGAAGAAAACGCGCAGCAAAUGUAAACUACAAUCCAUCCUCUAUAUUUUUAACGUGACAGAAGAUGAAGAGGGAAAUUACAGCUGCAACUGGACAUGCAACAGCCAAGUAGCUGGUAUUCACUGGAAAGUGUUCGUUCAAUCACAAACGGCAACGCAAGUGACUGAAAGUGUGACCACUUCAACACGUCUGUCUUCUAAUCUGGGUUCAGGACGUCGCAGAGAGUGGCUUCUACCAAUCAUCAUCAUAUCAGCAGCAAGUGUCACCGUCUUGUUCAUGGUUUUCGUGCCAUUUUGUGUCAAGAAGAGAUGGAAAUCAUCCUAUAACAUACCAAACUAUCAGUACAGUAAAGAAGAUUUGAUAAACCGACUGUUUAUCAGCUACAGCUCAAAGGACUUUGGUUGGGUCACUGACAAUCUCAUGUCAAUUCUUGAGAAGCACUCGAUUGACUACAGCAUCCACAGCCGCGACUUUGAAAUUGGAAGACCCAUCGUCCAGAACAUGGCCGACAGUGUGUACGGCAGCCGUCAAGUGUUGAUUGUUUUGUCUGAGAAUUACCUCGCCAGCAACUUUUGUCGAGAGGAGCUGCACAUGGCUGUGCAGAGGGGAUUGGAUGAGGGUGAUUCGUCACUGAUUCUCGUAAAGAUCAACAACAUGAAGAAAAAGCAAUUACCAGCCGCUUUGAGAAAGAAGAAACUGGUCGAUUUUGACAAAUACAAGACGACACUAGAUUGGGAAGAGAGAUUAAUCAGUGAGAUAUUAAAGAGCAAAAAUGCUAGCGUGUAGAAGAUACGCGUGGUAAUAAUAAUGAUCUUAAUCAUAGUCAUAAUCGUAAUCAUAAUAAAUAGACUGAAACAAUAUUUGUGAAAAUGAUAGUUCUACUGCACCUCCAAGGUUUUAAAGACACACUGACGAGAAAAUAACACAAAUUCUAUCAAGCCGCUACGUAUUUCAAGCAGUGUCUCAACUAAAGAUGAUUCCAUAUAGGAAUCUAAUAGCUUUGGAGCUACUUAAAAGUUUUAUUCUGUGCUGUAAAUAUUUCGGACAGUUAAAAUUUCGGACGGUUUUAUUUUCGGACUCUAUUUCCAUUCGAAAUUGAAAUCGUCCCAAAUUCUUUGCACGUAAGGUGUACCGGGCGGUAACAUUCUUCUUUCUGCCCCAGUGCGGACUCCUUGACAGCGUUUAGUUUGGAUGUUGAGCUAACAGCUGGUAUUGUUUGUGUAUUUGCCCUUAAGUUUGGUCUGUUUCUGUUGUACCGUUAUCAUAAUCUCUUCGUUAGAGUCUCUGUCUUCCUCGCAGUCUACAAGCAGUCUUAUGGAUUUCCAAAUAAUUCCGUAAGGUUUUCUUUAACAGGCUCUUCUUACUUACUUAGAAGCUGUUUGUCUCCAAAGUGAAAUUCAAAAUUUAUGGUACACUGAACAGUUGCCAUAUGUGUGCCUUAGUCAUUCAUUGUUCAUUGUCACUCGAAAACGUUCGACUUCAUGCGCUCAAUACUUUUCUGCAGCCGUACGGCCCUGCCAAAAACGCUUGUGGCCCCGAAAAAUCGAUUCAAGUUAAUAACAGAAACAGUUUUCUGGCUGCAAAUUUUCUUUUUCUUUUAAAUGAGUUAUGAAAAUGAACAUAGAGUGAGUAGUGUCAUUGCUAUUCAAGUGUAGUCAUUGGUGUCCAUUGUUAUUCUAAUCUGGUCAUUGGCGUCAUUGUUAUUCUUACUAGUGUAAUCAUAAUCAUUAUUACUGUUGUAGUGUAGCCACUAGCGUCAAUCUAUUCUAGUGUAGUCAAUGGCAUCAUUUCUAUUCUUUUAUAGGUACUAGAAUCAUUACUAUUCUAGCAUUGUAGUCAUUAUCAUUAUUGCUAUUCUACUGUAAUCACUAGCGUCAUUGCUAUUCUAGUAUGGUCAUUAGCAUUGUUGCAAUUCUUAAACAGUCAUUAACAUCAUUACCAUUCUAGUAUUGGCAUCAUUGCUAUUUUUAUGGGCGUUACCUAUAGCAUCAUUGCCAUUGUAGUAUUAUGGUGAUUGUCAUUAUUGCUAUUCAAGUAUAGUCGCUAGGACCAUUGCUAUUCUACCAUAGUCAUUAGCAUCGUCGCUGUUCUAGUAUUAACAUCAUUGCAACUUUUUUAGCAUCCUUGCUAUUCUAGUAUAGUCAUUGGCAUCCUUGCUAUUCUAGCAUAGUCAUUAGCAUUUUUUGCCAUUUUAGUAUAGUCAUCGGCAUGAUUAGAUUAGAUUAGAUUAAGAGCUCAACAUUUCUAUCGCGUGGCAGUUGACGAGGAAGCAGCCCGAGUCAACUAUCACGCAUAAUAAAUAAUAAGUGAUGGUGAAUUAGUGGGUAAUAGGAGUUUUUUAAACCAAUCACAAUCGAGGAAAUUGUAAUUUUUAUGAUUAUAAUAGUAAUAAUAUUAAUAUUAAAAAUUUGUAUAGCGCGACUUUCCAUAAAAUGUCCUAGUGCGCUUUACAUCAUAAAAAUAAAAACUAAUCCUAAAAGACGUAAAUUUUCAUUGGUUACUAAAAAUUGCAAAACGUGUUAAAGUAGAUAACAAUUCAAUAAAAGAUUAAAUAAAAGAGCUAACCUGA